UCGCAGUCGCACCGGGGUUAUUGGUGCUGUUCACUUUCCAUUUUGCCACAUCCAAUACACUCCUACCAUGGCCAUUCGCCUCGGCGCUACGACGUCCAAGACACCCAAGACGAACGACAAGAAGACGUUGAAAGGCUGGUGGCGCAAGCUCGUGGCCAAGACGGAGCGUCCAACGCGGUUUCCCGUCGUGCCCUUGCCAGCCAAGUACGCCAACGAGUCCAAGCAAACCACCGUCGUUGGUGGCAAGCCCGUGCCGUUCCUGCCGCACCAAGUGGCGUCGAUGAAGGCGCGCACAUCGGUUGAUGAGCUCGGGCCAAUUGACGAGCUCAAAGAAGGUGUGCAGCCCAAGAAAGCCGUGCAUGACCCGACAAUCGUCGCGACCAAUAUGGUCUUUAUGAUGUCGUCGGCCAUGUGAUGCAACGUCAUAAAAGCACUAGGAAUAGUUAAGUUAUACAACAUUGAGGGUCGUCUUUCCUCC